AUGAACAUGAUGGAGUAUGAAAAUCCUUUGUUUAUAGACGAAGAGGUAGAAAUAGCACCAUUAACACCAAUUGGUAUGUAGAUAGUGUACUACAAAGAUAAUACAAUAGAGGUGUAAUGGGCUAACGAUUUACGGUAGGAUAAGUAGAAUAGGGUUGAAUAGGGUAGGGUAAUGUAGGAUAGGAUAGAUAGAAUAAGGUAGACAGAGUAUGGUUGGGUAAGGUAGGGUAGGGUAGAGUUUGGUAAAGUGGGACAACGUAUUGUUUGGUACUAUUUGAAAAAAAAAAACUAGUCUUGCCAAUUCAAAUUUACAUAGAAAGUAUCAAAAUAUAAAAUUCAUUUUUUAGAUAUGAACGUCCAACAUCACCGCAACUCUAGCAACAUGCAACAAAUCAUGGAGUUACAGGCAACACGAGCGGAAUUUAAGUAAGAUUUUUAUUUUGUCGGGUAGGGUAGGGAAAUAUAAAUAGAAAAAAAAAUAUUUUUGUUUUAAAAAGUGGUACCUUUUUCAUUUUUUAAAUAUUAUCUCGUGGUACGUAACGAUGUGAUUCAAACUUGUGUUAUAACAUGACAUCUUAUAUAGAGCUCUAGCCUUAGGUAAAUUGCACGAAAUGGUGUUACGGAACGUUUUCUUAUGUAAUAUUGUUCACUUUUGCAAUAUUUGCCUCGAUGUAAAACGACCCAACAAAUUACUGCGAGGGUUGGGAUUUUACUACAAUUUACUCCGAGAAUGGCAAUUUUACAUUUUUUUUCUUUGAAGUCACUUUGAAGUUUGGUCAUAAAAGGCUUUUUACUUGGGUUGGGUUGACUAGGGUAGGUUUCAGUAAGGCAGUAGGACAGGUUUAGAUGUAUAAAUAUUUUUUUUUGUAUUUAGGGUAGUAUUAGCCAGGAUAGCCCUAGCUAGAGCUAAAGCUCAAAGUCCAGGGCUCAGCACUCAAGGCUAGGCUUGGGUAAAGCUAGGGAAACGUUAGGGCACGGCUAGGCUAGGGUAUGGUGUGGCUAGGACAAGGUUAAGGCAAGGCAAGAGCCAAGGCAAGGGCCAAGGCAAGGGCCAAGGCAAGGGCCAAGGCAAGGGCCAAGGCAAGAGCCAAGGCAAGGGCUGAGGCUGAGGCUAGGGUAGAUUUUUUUUAUUUCUUAGUUUCGUGGGACCGGAUUUACUCUAGAAACUAGCUAGUUUGUCAACAAAAUGCAAUUGAUAUUGGCAGAAAAGUAACAAAUCGUAAAGUGCAUUUUAUUUUCUUUGCUUUUUUCGCUAAACUAACGAUACUAAACAAUAUUGGCACGCUACGUCUUUUUUAUUAUUGUGUUACACUAAUUUAAUUAAAAUUUCUAGUACUAUUUACAGCACGUUCUAUUAUUAAACAGAUAUUCGUCCAUAUUUCCAGGGCUAGACUAAAAUAUUUUUUAAAAUUUUUUGAUUUUAAUUUUAAAAAUACAGUACCAAGUACUGUACAGUACUAAAAUUUCCUUUGAAAUGGAAUUAAGCCCUGGAGACCUAAAAGAACGAAAUUUGAGUAUUUUAACGCUAAAUACUUCUAUAUCAGCGGCUACUUCACUUGACUAUGAAAUUUAUGAUAGGUAUGCAGGUACAUAUACUAUUCUAAGAUCGUAUAAAGUUAUUAUAAAAAUGUCUGAGAAGGUUUGAUGCCUAUCUUUAAGCCUUUUGUUAUUAAAUUUAGUUUCAGGCUUAGCUACACAUUUGUUAGGCUUAGGGACACAUUUUUAGGUUUAGAAAGGCGUUUAGAGCUUAAAAACACAUUUAUAGGUAUAGGUUUAAAUCUAUAGGCGUAGAAACACAUUUUUAGGCUUAGGAAUACAUUUUGGGUUUUGAAACAAGUUUUAGGCUUACUUUAGGAUUUUUUGGCUUAAUGACCCAUUUUAGGCUUAGAAACAUAAUUGGAGUCUUAGAAAUACAUUUGUAGGCUUAGAAACACACCUUAGGCUUAGAAAUGCAUUUGUAAUGUUAAAGACACAUUUUAGGCUUAUGUUUUGAUUUUUAGGGCUAAAAGCAUUUUUUAGGCUUUACAACAUGUCUUUAGGCUUACAAACUGACGUUAGGCUUAGAAAGCACAUAUUUAAAACACAUUUUUAGGCUUAAAAACAUAUCUUUGGGCAUAUAAACAUAACGUUAGGCUUAAAGGCUGGAUAUUGAGCUUAAACUUUGUCUAAUAAUCAAAAAAAUAUAUUGACCGGUCGAUAAACCUUAAAAAUAAAAAAAAACAUAAAAAAUUUCCCUUAGGGUUUAAAAAAUUCAAAUUUCAAACCAAAACUAAAGGCUUAAAUUUCAAAAUUUAAAUUUAAAAUUUAAAAUUUCAAAUCUUUAGAAAACGUGUCAAAAAAGCCGUUCGGGCACUUCUCAUUAAAGUGUAAUAUAUUCGAGAAAAGUGAGGAAUUGGACAAGGAAAAAACCUCUUUUGAACCGCUCCAAUUCCUUUCCAAAACGAGGAUUGAAGACGGGGAAAGCCAUGGGUAACAACGUUAUUUUGCUCGGUAGCUCACAUUUUUUGCGUUUUUGGGUUGGAAAAGUAAAAAAUAUGUUUUGGAAAGAAAGUUCUUGUUAUUUUAUGUUUUGCAAAAAAAGAUCUUACCAUUUUACUCUUUGUUAACAAAGUUAUUGCGGUUUUUCCAUAUAAUCGACAAAAAUUUCCGUUUUUUGAAAAUUUGUAAAGAAAGUUUUUUCCAAACUUCAAAAUACUGAACAACGUCAUUUUCCAUCAUUGUAAACAAAGUUAUUGCGCUUUUUCCAUAUAACAAACCAAAAUUCCCGUUUUUUGAAAAUUUGUAAAGAAAGUUUCUUCAAAAACUCAAAAAAUUUCAAAGCUGCCAUUUUUUGUGAUUGUAAACAAAUUUAUUGCCAAAAAUUAAUCUUUGCACCGUGCAGCACCAUUUGUCUUUUUUUUGUUUUGUAAAGAAAGUUCUUGCCGUUUUAUAUUAACUUAUAUUAAAAUAGAAUACAUUUUCAGUCUAAACAUUUAUUGGCCGGUCCAAAAACUAACAAUAAGAUUUCUUUUGUCCCACCAUGAGGCAGCCGGCUGAAGACGAAGAUAUAGAUGUGUUGGUAGUUUGUUUCCCCAUAUAUCUCUUUCUUGCCAUAGUAAAUCUUGACGCAAAAAAAAGUCAAAAAAUGGAUAAACCCAGAGGGCAAAAAUUGCUUUUUUGUCAUUUCAAAGUUUUUUUCGAAAUGCUCCGUUUCAGCGCUCAAAUGCAAUAUGGUGGAGAUCAGGAUGUGAAGAGCAAGCUACAACAAUAUUUCCUAGAGAAUCAUCGAUGGAGUAAGUGAAAAUUGAGUGGAAAGAAAGUUCUUCCCAUUUUUGAUUUUGUAAAGAAAGUUCUUGCCAUUUUUUGUAUUGUAAAGAAAGUUUUUGUUAUUUUUUAUUUUGUAAAGAAAGUUCUUGCAUUUUUUAGGUUUUGGAAUUCGUGCUUUCAACUUCACAAUCAAAGUACUAGCUUGUGUACUAUAUUGUAUACAAGUCAUUUGGAACGAUGGGGAGAUGCCAGAGAACGUCAGCCAGAUUUCGUUUAUCUCUUCCGACUGGUAAGCCCUAGCCCUAGCCCAGAGCCCUAGCCCAGAGCCCUAGCCCAGAGCCCUAGCCCAGAGCCCUAGCCCAGAGCCCUAGCCCAGAGCCCUAGCCCAGAGCCCUAGCCCAGAGCCCUAGCCCAGAGCCCCUAGCCCAGAGCCCUAGCCCAGAGCCCUAGCCCAGAGCCCUAGCCCAGAGCCCUAGCCCAGAGCCCUAGCCCAGAGCCCUAGCCCAGAGCCCUAGCCCAGAGCCCUAGCCCAGAGCCCUAGCCCAGAGCCCUAGCCCAGAGCCCUAGCCCAGAGCCCUAGCCCAGAGCCCUAGCCCAGAGCCCUAGCCCAGAGGCGUAGCCCAGUUGUAAAAUAGAUUUUCGUUUAGGAAUUACCUAGUCUGGACUAAUCGAACUAACACAAUAUGGGCAUUCCAAGUGAUAGUGGCUAUAUUAUCUAUGUUUCUCACCAUGACCAUAUUUUUUGUGACUUUUAAGGUAAGUUUAGGUAAAAAAUAUGAUGAAAGGGCUUGUUUUACAUUACAUUUUUAGGCAUUUUUAAAUUUUUAAAUUUUUUUUUGCAUUUUUAGUUUUUUUUUAUUAUUUAGUCUUAAGGGCACAUACUUAAAAUUUAAAAUUUAAUUUAAAAUUAAAAGUGAAUUUUAAUAAUUUUUUCAUUUUUCUAGGGUAGUGUGGUCCGCUUGUUCACUUACAGUCAUUUUUUGUUGGAACUAUUGACUGGGAUGCCAUUGAUCAUAUCAGUAAGUGUUUUAUAUCAUCAUGGUGUAUAUCGUACCAGUUCACUGUUUGAAAAAUGUAAAAAUAUGUUGAAAAAAAGGGUUUUAUAGGCUUAAAAUGACGUUUUAAUAGAUUAUAUUUUUAAUAUUUUUUUUAGGAAUUUUUGGGUAAUCAUCGUAUAACAUGCCACCCGCAGGCUGCGGCGACUAUUGUUUGGUUGUUCAUUGCUUUUUUUGUUAAAACUAAAGUUAUAAAAUUAAAAAUAAUGUAAAAUACAAAAAUUUAACAUUGGUUAGGCUUAGGAGUGCAUUUUAGACUUAGUCGAGGGUAGCUUUGAUAUCCAUCGUAUAACAUGUCACCCGCAGCCUGCAGAGACUAAAUCUUUUCUUUCUUGUUAAAGAGUAGUUUUAAAAUUUAAAAUAUUGUAAAAUACGUUGCUUUUAUUUUUAGUAGGCUUAGGUUCCCAUUUUUGACUUAGUUUUGAUAUCCAUCGUGUAACAUGUCACCCGCAGACUGCAGAGGAUAAAGCUUUGUUUUUUUUUUGAAUUUGUGAUGAAAAGUAAUGUUUUAAAGUUAGAAAUAUUGUAAAAUACGAUGAUUUAACUUCUAGCAGUAUUAUGUGUCCAUUUUUGACUUAGCUUUGAUAUCCAUCGUAUGACAUGUCACUCGGAGGCUGCAGGCUUAAAAGUUUUAAUUUUUUUAAUUUUUGAUUAUAAAAGCUAUUUUAAAAUUAAAAAAAAGGUUUUUAUCUUUUGAUAAAUGACAUUUCUAAUAUAAAAAUCAACUUAUAUCACAUAAAAAAUGGCAAAAAACCCAUAAUAUUCACCUUAUUUUAGAUCUUCUUCCCUCGCCUCCGUUACCUCAACCUACCCAUCUACCUAAACUGUUGGAUAGCAGACGGCAUCCUACAAGAUAUGAUCCACGAUUACUAUCGUUCUUCCAUCAAGUACGAUAUGAAGGUACUAAAUCGAGAGAUCCAAGCCUUGGUAUCUACAUUAAUAUGCCUGAUGUUAAGUGGUGCGUGUGGUAUGGAAGCCCUACAACGUGGUGGAACUACCAAGUACGAUUUGUUUACAUCGUUCUACUUUGUUGUUGUAUCGUUUUCGACCGUUGGGUAUGGUGAUGUGAGCCCUGAUACGAUGCUGAGUCGAUCUUAUGUUAUGUUGUUGAUCAUUGCUGGCAUUUGUGUGUUACCUAAAAAGGUAAGUGAUGUCUUUUUGUAAUUUUUAUGAAAAAGUCAAACCAUAAUUUUAUAAAAAUGCAAAAAGUUUGCAAAAACUUUCUUUCCAACGUCUUAAAAAACAACAAAAGGGCCAAAAAUUGCAGUUUUUUUGAAUAUUUCAGCCCUCAAAACUGCAGAAAAUGCCACUUUCUUAUCUUUCUUUACAAAAUUUAAAAAAGUUAAUUUUUCUGUGGAAUUUGAAGAAACCGCAAUAACUUUGUUUACAAUGAUAAAAAAUAAUGUUUUUGGAAAUUUUUUAAAUUUUGAAGGAACUUUCUUUCCAAAAUCCCUAAUUUUUUAAUUUUUAGAUUGAAGCCCUAACUCAGACUUGGCUGGAGAAGGAAAAAGCUGGGUUUGACCAUACUAAGGGCUUCUCCCCGAGUAGUAAACACAUUGUGGUAACUAUACCUAAUCUGGACGCUGAUUUUAUCAGUGACUUUUUUAAUGAGUUUUAUGCUCAUAAGAAGCAUCAGGUAGUUUUUUAAAAAUUUUUUUGAAGUGUGAAAAAAUUUUCUGUUGAUGCGAAAAGAAUGGCAUAUUCGCAGGUUUUUAGAUUGUUAUAGUUGAAAAAUGACAUUUUAGGCUUACAAUUAAGCUUAAAAUUUAAUUUUUUAGUUUCAAAAUUCUAGUUUGAGGUUUAGGAACAUAUUUUAGGCUUAGAAAAAAUUUUAGGCUUAUAAAAUAGAGACCUUAGGCUUAGAAAACACAUUUUUAGGCUUAGAAAACACAUCUGUAGGCUUAGAAAACUAAUUUUUAGGUUUAAAAAACACAUUUUUAGGCUUAGAAAACACACUUGUAGGCUUAGAAAACACAUUUUUAGGCUUAGAAAACACAUUUUUAGGCCUAAAAUAAUAUUUUCAUAACCUUUAGGGCUUCAUGAUAGUACUCUUAUCACCAUGCGAACUCGAUGUAGGUAUGAAGAACCUCCUUCGUAUACCCUUAUGGUCCGACAGAGUACUAUUCGUCAGAGGGACAGCAUUAAAAGACGAGGAUUUGGCACGGUGCAAUAUGGGAACGGCCAGAGCGUGCUUCAUCUUAAGCGCUAGGAACAAUCAGGAAAAGAAAAUAUCGGUAAGGGACGAAACUUUGUUUACAGAGCUUGGAAUUUUUAAAAUUUUGGUGUUUGGCAAAAAAUGGAAGGAAUUUUCUUUACAGAACAAAAAAUGACAAGAACUUUCUUUACAAAAUUUAAAAUGCAAGGACUUUCUUUACAAAACAAAAAAUGGCAAGAACUUUCUUUACAAAAGCAUGAAAACGCAUUUUUUAAUAAUUUGUUACCUAAAAUUCACUUUUAACUUAUUUUAACCUUACCAAUGAAUUUUUCAUCAAAAACUGUUCAAAAAUGCAAAAACUUUCUUUCCAGACAUCAAAAUUUUAAAAAAUAUUAAAAUACGACCAAAACAUAUUGUAGUAAGCCCCAUACCACCCACUUUUACGUUUCCUAGCAUUCGGAGAGCCGAAACGAACCGUGGGGGUAUAGCUCAGGGGUAGAGCGCUCGCUUCGCAUGCGAGAGGCCUGGGGUUCAAUUCCCCAUACCUCCAAAUCUAUUUUUUGUGGUUUUUGGGGGUUGUAAGGCAUUAAAUACAAUUUUAAAAAAUUAUCUAUUUAUUUUUUUAAAAAAAUUGUGUUUUUGCAUUGUUAGUUUUAACACAAAAUGGCGUUUUUUUCUGGAAAAUACUAGAUUUUUGGCGAUUUUUCACGAAAAAUGUGAAAAAAUUAGAUGAAUUUGGUAAUGUAAAAUACGGCAACUAGUUUUUUUGAAUUGGUGUGACAUUUGUAUCAUAUGUGAAUGCAGAAUUUAAAACUUUUCAUGUAUAGUUUGUUUAGAAAGUGGCAUUUUUCUUCAAAAAUCUUUGUUUUUUCUUGUUUUUUUCAAAAAAAUUACAAAACUUAUCAGUAUGGGUAAUGUAAAAUACGUAAAUUCUUCUUGUUUUUUUUUGACAAUCAAAGUAUAAUUAUCACAAAAUUUUUGAAUUUUUACUUUUAGUUUUAUUAAAAAAUGGCAUUUUUUAAUCAAAAAUGGCGUUUUUUUAUGAGUUUUUGGGCAAAAAAGUGACAAAACUUAUCAACAAACUUCAAAAAAUGCUAUUCCAGGACCAACAAACCAUCCUUCGUUCUUGGGCAGUCAAAGAUUAUGCACCAGAAGUGCCACAAUACGUCCAGGUGUUUCGUACUGAAGCCAAAUUGCAUAUCGAUCAUGCUCAUAUGGUGAUCUGUGAAGAUGAAUUCAAGUUCUCAUUACUGGCCAACAACUGUAUUUGUCCUGGGAUUUCGACUUUUAUCACUUUGCUUAUGCAUACGAGUCAGGGAGAGUGAGUUUUGAAUUUUAUUUGUAAACAAAGUUCUUGCCAAUUUUUGUUUUGUAAAGAAAGUUCUUGCUAUUUUCUGUUUUGUAAAAAAAGUUCCUGCUAUUGUUUGUUUUGUAUACAAAGUUCUUGUCAUUCGCUCGUACAUUAGUUAAAGCAACUUAUGUACGCGCGAAUAAUUCGGCCGUACAUAAGUUGGACUUCAUUAAUUCGGCCGUACGUAAGUUAGAAGACUUUACUAAUUCGGCCGUACAUAAGUUGCUAAAAAUACUAAUUUUUAAACAUUUUUGGAACGAUAAUUGUAAACAAAGUUAUUGCAUUUUUCAGAGAAGGCCAAAAGUCUUCAGAAUUGUGGCAUCGCAUCUACGGCUUCCACUCCGGCAACGAGAUAUACGACAUUCAGGUCAAAGACAGUAAAUUCUUCUUUGAUUACGUGGGUAAAACCUUUGCUUACACUUCUUUCCAUGCUCAUCGUACCUAUGGCAUUUGCUUGGUUGGAGUGAAAAAAGGCGAGAAAGGCUCCAGAAUUCAACUGAAUCCAGGUCAUCAACAUGUUGUUCAAAUCACUGACAGAUUCUACUAUAUAGCACUGACGAAUGAGGAGAGUAUCAGGGAUUUGCAUAAACUGACAAAGAAACAUAAUACUACUGCUCACAUUGCCAAUUUGGGUAGGUUAAUAUAAGGUUUAGGCAAAGCUACGGCUCAACUGAUCUUGGCUGGGCUAGUUUUGGAUUGGCUUGACUGGUAUGGCUUAGGCUGGGCUUAGGCUGGGCUUAGGCUGGGCUUAGGCUGGGCUUAGGCUCGGCUUAGGCUGGGCUUAGGCUGGGCUUAGGCUGGGCUUAGGCUGGGCUUAGGCUGGGCUUAGGCUGGGCUUAGGCUGGGCUUAGGCUGGGCUUAGGCUGGGCUUAGGCUGGGCUUAGGCUGGGCUUAGGCUGGGCUUAGGCUGGGCUUAGGCUGGGCUUAGGCUGGGCUUAGGCUGGGCUUAGGCUGGGCUUAGGCUGGGCUUAGGCUGGGCUUAGGCUGGGCUUAGGCUGGGCUUAGGCUGGGCUUAGGCUGGGCUUAGGCUGGGCUUAGGCUGGGCUUAGGCUGGACUUAGGCUGGGCUUAGGCUGGGCUUAGGCUGGGCUUAGGCGGGGCUUAGGCUGGGCUUAGGCCCUGGGCUGGGUUGGGUUGGAAUUGCUUGGCUAGGCCUGGCUUGAGUGAGCUAGGCGGGCAGAUCUUUUAAAAAAAAGUUUAUAAAUACAGUAACCAAAAACUUACACUACUCUAAACUUUUUCAGGCAGCCUAGCAAUGGACCUUCCUGGCAGUGUGAGUGAAAAACGAAAAAGUCGUUUCAAAAACAUUAAAAAACGUGCCUUCACAACGUCACAUGAAAAACGGUCGUCGAAAAAAAGAUUGGCAGACCGGACGUCGAGUAUCGACGCUGUAACUGGCACAUUAGAAUCGAGCUCGGAUGAGGAUGUCAGUGAUUGCACCUUAUGUUCUGGUAUUGGAUGUAUUGCUGAUGAGUAGGUUUUUUUUAAAUUUUUUGGGCGUGUUAACGGCAUUUUUUAGACAUUUAUGGCAUUUUUAUGGAUUUUUAUUUGGUUUGUAAUUCGCGCGUACAUUAGUUGACAACUUACGUACGCGCGAAUUAUUCGGCCGUACAUAAGUUGUCAAAAAUAUCAAUUUUUGAAAUUUUUAUUAAUUUUAAAAGUAAUAAACAACAAGAAUUUUUUUUCAGGUUUAAAAAAAUUGUUUUAGGGCGUGGUAAUUUUAUUUUUUAAAUUUUUAGUUAUGAAAUAAACUUUUAUUUUUUUUUGCAAUUCGCGCGUACGUUAGUUGAAAACUUAAGUUCGCGCGAAUUAUUCGGCCGUACAUAAGUUGUCAAAAAUUCGUAUUUUAUGCUGAUUUUUAUUUUUUUAAUUAAAAACAGCAAGAAUUUUCUUUCCAAACCUUAAAUAUUUCGUUUCCAAAAAACUUUGCUUUACAGAGUAGUAAAAAGUUACCCGCCGGUAAACGCCUACAUCGGCUCCAACCCCACCUUAUGUUACACGCUGAAAGAGAAGAAGGAGCAUUGUUGCCUGCGAUUAGACGAGCCUUGUGAACAUGUCGACUACACCAAUGCUACUGCCUACAAUUUCCGCAACAAACUCAUUAUUGUUGCGGCGGAUAAAGCGACCGCCGGCUUAUAUAAUCUGUUGUUGCCGUUGAGAAGCUUUUGUAGACCAGUUCAUGACCUUAAACCGAUCGUGCUGUUGCUGCAGUUGGAUGGAAAAGGAAGGUAUAGUAUUUGUAUGGUGUGGUAGAUUCUGGGGUUUGUUUUUGGAUAUGGUUUGGGCUUUUAACUUUGAAAAUUGGGCGGGAAUUUGAAAAAAAUGGUCGAAAAACGUUGUUUUUUCUUAACUUUUUUGAAAAAAAAAUUUUUUUUUGACGAAACAGAUAUACAGAAGAAAGUGAUAUGGUACUCAAUAUUUAUGGGAGGUACUAGGUUUUCUGUUGAGGUAUCAUUUAAUCUCUAAGAAGGACCUGUUUUGACCUAAACCUUAAAGAAUAAUGCCCAGGAAGAAGGAUAGGUAUGGUUAACGUAGGUUAGGGUGGAGUACGAGACGGGUUAGAAAGGGUAAGGAAGGUAGGGGCAGGUUUACUGUGAGUUAGAACUUUAUAAAGUAUAGUCGUUUAGGAUACGGUAGGGUAGAGUACUGUAAAGUAAGGUAAUGUAGGGUAGGGUAGAGUAUGAUGAGUAUGGUAGGGUAGGUAAAGACAGAACAGGGCAGAACAAGGCAUUACAAGGCAGGGCAGGUUAGGGUAGGGUAGGAUACUGUACGGUAGGUACUGUAGGAGAAGGCAGGGCAGAAUCAGGUAGGGUAGGGUAGAGUAAGGUAGAGUAUAUAAGGGGUAGGGUCGGGGAGGGUAGGGUAGGGUAGGGUAGGGUCGGGGAGGGUAGGGUAGGGUCGGGGAGGGUAGGGUAGGGUAGGGUAAGGUAGGGUAGAACACUAAAAACAUAACAAGCUUUCUUACAGUAAUCCCCGGCCAAGCGACGUAUUUCUGGACGUACUAUCACAUUUCCCGGAUAUUUAUUGGAUGAACGGCAAAAUUUCAAAGUAAGUUUUGUAACAACAAGUCAUAAUAUUACUGUAGCACAAAUUGAUUACAAAAAUUUACAGUUUGGACAACCUAUUAAGGGCUGGUGUUAACAACGCUGAGCACUUUAUUGUGGUAAAACAGGCCAAAACUGAGCUAGAGGUGCAGCUGGCUGACUGUGGAACGAUUGUCACGGUGCAGAAGAUUCAUCGGUGGGUCUUUUUUGAAAAUAAAAAAAAAAUUAAAAAAGUUUUAAAAAUUUAAAAUUUUUCAAAAAAAAUUUCAAAAAUUCCAGAAUGUUCCCAAAUCUCAAGAUAACGACCGAACUGGUGUCAGAAUCCAACAUGAGAUUCGUCGAAUUCGAUGCCAACGACCCUUAUGCCCUCCAGCAAUCGAAAUACGAAAAGAAGGAAAAGAAGCGAGGAUCCAGUCUAGCCUUCAUGUUCAGGCUACCUUUCGCCAGUGGAAGCGUUUUCUCAGCCCACAUGCUGGAUCGGUUACUGUAUCAGGCGUUUUUAAAACCCUAUCUAUGCGACUUUUUGAAAAUUCUACUGGGAAUCGACCAGUCGAGUGGUAGUGGGUAUUUGGCUUCGGUAAGUAGGCUAGCCAUACCCCUGCCCUUGCCCCUGCCCCUACCUUUACCACUACCCAUUUCCCUACCCCUACCCCUACCCCUACCCCUACCCCUACCCCUACCCCUACCCCUACCCCUACCCCUACCCCUACCCCUACCCCUACCCCUACCCCUACCCCUACCCCUACCCCUACCCCUACCCCUACCCCUACCCCUACCCCUACCCCUACCCCUACCCCUACCCCUACCCCUACCCCUACCCCUACCCCUACCCCUACCAUACUCUACCACUGAAGUAUACUACCCCUAUCGUAUAGUACCCCUUCUGCAUACUAUCUCUACCCUACACUACCCCUACCGUAUACUGGCCCUGCAGCCUUUUAGCCCUAACUGACGCUACCGUAAUUUUACCUUACAAUAGAAUACAGAAUCUUAUCUUACACUAUUCCUACCAAUACGGUAACCCAACCCUACCCUACUAUAACACAUAUAACUAUAGAUAGAAAUAACCGAAGAAGACAUGUGGAUCAAGACCUAUGGUCGCCUAUUUCAAAAACUAUGCUCAUCAGUAGCAGAUAUACCUAUUGGAAUCUACCGAACCAUCGAUGUUUCCCAACAACAACAACACCAAGGCGUCACAAUAGAAGUGGAUGAAGCAGCAGAACUUGAAGAAGACGAGAAAGAUGAAAAGAAGUCACUUCUGAAUGAAAAUAACAAAGGAAAUGUACAGGAUCUGGUGAAGCAACGGAUGAAAUCACUACAACUCAAUGUUACACAGUACAGUAAGUUUAAUACAGUAAAGCAAAUAUAAUAUAGAGAACAGUAAAUAUCACACAAAAUACAGUAAAUAUAAUCCAGAUUACAGUAAGAUUAGUAUGGUCCUAUUUUUGGUACUGAAAAGAGGUUUAGUACGGUGGUAUCAUUAAGAAAUGGCAUUGAUUCCAAUGAUUGACUUGCAAGGGGAAGGCGCUUUCAAAACGCAAUAACUUUCUUUACACUUAUAAAAAAAGUUUGAAAUUUUGCAGCCAUACAAACAUGGUACCAGUAGUACUAUUUGUAAAAUUAUAUAAAGAUACGUCAGCAAGUACCGUAGUAAAAAAUGUGUUAUAUACGGGACCUUUAUUUUUUCAAUUCAUGAGUAGAAUCUAUUUCAGAACGCAAUAACUUUCUUUACACUAAUUACAAAACUCUGAAAUUUACCGUAGUAACAGUAGAUAGACUAAUGGUACUACAUACAAAAUAAUAGUAAGAUAUCGUAAUGGCAACUAUAGUAAAAGUGCAUUUUUAUUGAGAAAACAAGAUUUUUUGGCCAAAAGUGGGACUUCAGUGACAAAACUUUUUCAAGACGCAAUAACUUUCUUUACACUGAUCGAAAACGUUUAGAAUCUGGUGCGUAUAUAAAUAGGGUACCAUUAGUACUAUGUGUAAAAUUUCAUAAAGAUACGACAACCAUAAGCAUGGUAAAAAAAUUUUUUUCCAAGGCGACCAUAAAUUCUGGUUAAUAUUAAACGUCGACCCUUUCGAACCGCAAUAACUUUCUUUACACUAACCGAAAAAAUCUUAAAAUUUGUACGCAUACAACUAAAUUAAUAGUGGUACUACAUGUAAAAUUUUAUAAAGAUACGACAACCGUAACCAUGGUAAAAUUUUUUUUUUCCAAAACCAGCCUUAAAUUCUGGAUAAUAUUCAACAUAGACACUUUCAAACCGCAAUAACUUUCUUUCCAACGAAUGAAAAAACUUAAAUUUCGCCAAAGUAAUCACAAACAUACUAAGCUAUUACUAUGUUAAACUUAACCAAAAUCAGAACACGUCAGCUGUCAUAAAUAGCACUUUUUCCAGAAGAAACCUUGGAUUUCCGACGUAAAAUUUCAUAUGUCAUAAUUAACCCAUCGUUCGACUUGGAGCUUCAGAAUGGUGACAUAGUCUAUGUCAUACGCUCACCCGUAUCCGAGAGUACCAAAACAAAGAAGAUCGACCCGAGAGUUGGGUUGCGGAAGAAGGUUUCCAGUCAGGACCCGAAUUCAGAGGCUCUUUGA